AUGGGGAUUUAUGUAAUUAGUUUGAAUAAUUUGAUUUUUAAACGUGCGAAUUUUGUUGGAAUUAAAAAUAAAUGGAAAGAAAUUGGAAUUAAAUGUUGUUUCAAUUAUUGUAUAAAUACAAAUAAAGCUAUUGGUAAUUGUAUUAAAGGAUAUGGAUUUGGAAAUAUAAUUAAUGAUGAAAAUAUUAAAUAUAUUAAUUGUUUGAAAAAGAAAGGAGUCUUCAAUAAAGUUAUGAAAAUUUAUGCAGAAAAUUCAUUCAAAAAACCUAAAGAUUGUCUCAAUUAUUCUUUAUAUUAUUUUGAAAUUAAAUGUAUAUUUGAAGUGGAUUUAAAUGAUUAUAGAUCGAUGAGUAUUGGUCUAAAAAAUUGUACAAGUGAUUGGAUUAGAUUUUCUGCCAAGUAUGCUACAAUAUAUAACGAUAAAGAUGAGGAAUUUAAACUAUCAUCUUUUACUUGGAAUGAUAAUGAUAUUUUUGGUUGUGGAUUAGUUUAUCCUCCAACUAAUAAAAUGAAUUAUAAAUUUCCUUAUGUAUUCUUUACACAAAAUGGACAACAAAUUGGUAAGGGUAAUUUAUUAAAGGAGAAUACUGACUCAUACAAACCAUAUGUUGCUUUGACUUGUUAUUCAAUUGAAGCAAAUUUUGGAAAUGAUUUGGAAACCAAGCCGUUUAUUUAUGACAUCUCAAAACAUUUAAUUCUUAAAGAAUUUUAUUGA